AGAGAGAGAGAGAGAGAGAAAAGAGGAAAAUGCGAAUGGAUAUAAAUUGAUGCUCUCCUCAAUCAACGAGGUCCUGCCACAUGGCACCGACCUGGCAGUGCGACAGCGCAUCUUGCAACUGCAAGACGGGACGAAGGCGGUCAUCCAUCUUCAUUCCUUCAUCACCUCACAAGCUUACAGACACACCCAUACACAGAAAGGGUGAGAGAGAUUUCCAAUUCAUCCCUGUGUUUCAUUGGCACAAGAGCUUCAAACCCUUCCAUGAUAUAAAUUAAGAAUCAAAAUUUUCCAUCUCUUUUCAAGUUUUUGGUUGGAUUUCUGUAUAUCUGAAUCGCCAGCGAGUAAUAUCUCUCUCGACUCUGUAUUUUUGUGCUCUUUAUUUGUAAGAAUCAUCAGCUAGACCGGAGACAAGAGUGAGAGUGAGAGGCAGAGAAGGCGUUUUUGGCUGAUAAGAUUCACUGUUGGUCUUGUUUGGCAUCGAAUUCAGCGACUCUUUGUUGGCAUUGGAAUCGGUAUCUCAGUUUUUGAAAAUUUUAAUUGGAAGAGAGGGUUUUGAUGAUUACUCGGAGGAGUAACCAUGGCUCCUGAUGAUGGAAAAGCAAGUUCAUUCGUUUGGAGUUUCGUUUCUGGGGAAUAAACGGAUUGCCUCUUAUAGAUUCCCCAAUGGAGAACCUCUCGAUUUGGUUUCGAGAGCUUCGAUUACUUGGUUUUGGAUUUGGGUUGGGAUUUAUGAAGCUUGUUGGAUAUUGGUUGUGAAUUCUCCUCAUGUGUAAUAAAGGAAUUGGGCGCUUGGAACGAUCGUGUUUGCAGUCUGAUAACCUCUUUGAUCAGCAGCAGCAGCAGCAAUACCAGGCUGUGUACGGGAUGGAGACACCUGCCACAGCCCAAGCAACGCAGCAGUCGCCAGGUUCCAACGAGGAAAGCCCUCGUGUCAAGUUCCUGUGUAGCUUUGGAGGUAGCAUUUUGCCUAGACCUCAGGAUGGGAAGCUCAGAUAUAUUGGUGGAGAGACUAGGAUAGUGAGCUUGCCUAGGGAGAUUACUUAUGAGGAGUUGAUGGCUAGGAUGAGAGAGCUUUUUGAUGGGGCCGCUCUAUUGAAAUAUCAGCAGCCCGACGAAGAUCUUGAUGCUUUGGUUUCGGUUGUUAAUGAUGAUGAUGUGACGAACAUGAUGGAGGAAUAUGAUAAGUUGGGAGCUGGGGAUGGGUUUACCAGGCUCCGGAUGUUUCUUUUCUCACACCCUGAUCAAGAUGCUUCUUCACACUUCGAUACAGAUGAGAGGGAAACUGAAAGGAGGUAUGUGGAUGCAUUGAACAGCCUGAAUGAUGGACCUGAUUUCAGGAAGUCACAGCAACAACUGUCUGAAUCCCCUACAAUGGCUCCUGUAGUGGCUGAGCAAUACUUCAAUCCAAUCAGCCUUGAGGCUGGUCUCCAUAACCAGCGGAAUUGUGAGAUGCCCUUGCCACAGUUUAAUUUACAUCAUCUUACCAUUCCUCAUCUAGGAUCUGGUUCACAUCAACAAUCCCAUACUCAGAGGUACAAUGAAAUGGAGGCUCCUUGGAGCCCUGCAUACUAUUCUCCCAGACAUCACGGACAUCAUGAUCCUCGGCCUGUGCCAGAGUACCCAUCUUCGCCAUCUUCUGGCCGAUAUAGAAUGGCGUUUGGAGAGUUGCAUGAUAAGGGCUUCGAUAGGUUGUGUGAGGAAUAUGCCCGGCAACAAGUGAGUCAGCAGACCCAAUAUGAUCAUCAACCACAAUAUGUUGACAAUGUUGUAUGGCUUCCUCCUGCUAUUCCUAGUGAUAAGGUUGGUUUUCCUGCUAACUUGGCCCAUUCACACAAUGUUAUCGAAGGGAGCAAUAUCUGUGAGCACUGUCGAAUGGCUUUCCAAAGAAAUCAAACUUCAUCGGAUGCUGCUCGUUAUCCAGAUUCUCGCUGGAAGCAUGGUGUGCAACCACAUUUGGAGCAGCCAAGUACAGGGAAUGAAUUUCACCAAUUUUCUAAUCCAUGUGCUGACUGUGCUUCGGGUAGGGAUUACACUUUGAAUGUGGAGCAAAAUGAAGCUCGAUCUUUCUAUAAUGAAGUUCACAGUCAUGAACGAAGUUGGGUCCUACACAACCAAUUAAACCAUCGGGCUGAGGAACCUAGAACACUUGCUUCUGGAGCUGGACGAAUCGGUGAUCACUACAUUGUAGAUGGUGCUGCAGGUGUGAAUUUUACUCUUCCACAUGGAAAUUGCUGUGAUGGUCAUCAUGUGUCUUCCAAUUGUAUCAAUCAUGAAGACCCACGAUAUCUAUCUGGACCUGAAAUGGGGAACGAAGGGUUUCAUGACCAAGCUAUUGGAGCUGGUCUUCACAUUCAUAUUCCUGCACCUGAAGACCAUGGAGUCCGUUAUGGGAACUUCCCUCCUGCUUAUGGAACAGAGAAUCUUUAUCAGAUGUCACCUGCACCUGCACCUGCACCUGCUUUAUGGAGGAAAGUGCAGAACCCACUGCAUGGUGCAUCAUCUUAUGAACCUCCGGCCUUGUUGCCUCAAGCUAAUGGUACGGUUAACUCGGGGUUCAUAAGGGGAACUCAAGAUGGUAGUUCUCAGUUUCGUAUUGCAGUGGAUAAUCCAAAUGCUUGGUCUGGGCCAUCUCAAAAAGUAUAUGCCUUUGAUGGUUCUCCACCAUCGGAAUAUCCCCAAGGCUAUCUUUCAAACUUUAAUGCACACACCCUUAGUCAUGAGAACCAGAAUGUUGCUCCAGAUCCUGUUCAAACUCAACCUGACAUGGUAAACCAUGCCAUUUCAAUGGAACCUAUGCAAAUGGUGUCUUCAUCCUCGGCUGUGAUUGAUAAUAAGGUGGGUGCUUCAUCUGCUUCAGGUUGCACUCCAGGGCCAAGAGAUAACAGUACUGUUGGAGUAGUGAUGGAAGAGAAAAAUAUUCUCAGAGAGGGUUCUGAACAAAUGCAUAGGGGAACUGCAGGGAACUCUGCUCUGACAACUAUUUUUUCAAAUGAAAAUCUAGAGCCUGAUGAGAAAAAUGGGGAGGAAGAUAUUGUUUCACGUGACAUUAGGCCUGCUGAAGAGCAUGGUGAUUCUGUGAAACAUGGUGAAACUGAUGUUCAUGCCGCAGUUGAGAAUGAAGAUCUUUCAGCUAGACGUUUGAGUUACUUACCUGAGUUGAUUGCUUCUGUAAAAAAGGCUGCCCUAGAGAGUGUUGAGGAGGUAGAAGCUAUAGUGCAAGGAAAUGCUGAUGGUGAUGUUACGCAUGAUCCAACAACAAUAGAAGAAGCUUUGCAUGAAUUAGAAUCUGCGAUCAACCAUGUGGAUUUGGAGCGUGAUUCUGAUAGUGACCAUCCAAAGAAUUCCAAGAUCGAGCCGACUAUGGCAGAGGAAGAAGCUUUGUCUAAAGGGUUGCAGACAAUUAAAAAUGAUGACCUGGAGGAAAUCCGAGAAUUGGGUUCUGGGACUUAUGGAGCUGUUUAUCAUGGAAAGUGGAAAGGCUCUGAUGUAGCGAUAAAAAGAAUAAAAGCGAGCUGCUUUGCUGGAAGACCUUCUGAGAGAGAACGCUUGAUUGCUGAUUUCUGGAAGGAGGCUUUGAUAUUGAGUUCAUUGCAUCAUCCGAAUGUUGUAUCUUUCUAUGGUAUAGUUCGUGAUGGUCCUGAUGGAUCUCUGGCAACUGUGACGGAAUUCAUGGUUAAUGGAUCUUUGAAGCAAUUUCUGCAAAAGAAAGACAGGACGAUCGAUCGUCGUAAGAGACUCAUCUUAGCUAUGGAUGCUGCAUUUGGAAUGGAGUAUUUGCAUGGAAAGAAUAUUGUUCAUUUUGAUUUGAAAUGUGAAAAUCUGCUUGUAAAUAUGAGAGAUCCCCAAAGACCCGUGUGCAAGAUUGGUGAUUUGGGAUUAUCGAAAGUAAGACAACACACCUUAGUGUCAGGAGGCGUCCGGGGAACUUUACCAUGGAUGGCACCUGAACUCCUUAGUGGAAAAAGUAACAUGGUAACAGAAAAAAUUGAUGUCUACUCAUUUGGGAUUAUCAUGUGGGAAUUGCUUACUGGCGAGGAACCUUAUGCCAAUAUGCAUUGUGCUUCUAUUAUAGGGGGAAUUGUGAACAACACGUUACGGCCACAAGUUCCAACAUGGUGUGAUCCUGAAUGGAAGUCUUUGAUGGAAAGUAGUUGGGCAUCUGAUCCAGCAGAGAGACCAUCCUUUUCAGAAAUUUCUCAGAGGCUGAGGAAAAUGUCUGCAGCAGUCAAUGUGAAAUGAUGCAUUUUAUUUUCUUGCUGUAAAUAUCACCUUAUUGUUUAGAAAAGGAAAAAAAUUAUAGAUCAUGCAGUUCAAGGUAACACUCUUUUGAGAGGACAAUGACGAAUAACGCAUCAUCGUCAUGCCUUAGUUAGCCUUAGAGAACCUUCAUAGUACUGCUACACUUGGUUAUUUCUUAAUAGAGGGAAAUUAUAUGUGCUCUAUAUUGGAAUCUAUAAGGCUACACUAUGCAUCAACGAGAGCUAUGAAUGCUUGAUCAGAAUGGUCUCAUUAUUUUGGUUGUGCUUAUGGCAGAGUUGUAUAGAUCUUCAGAUGUAGGUGAUUUUUAUUUCCAGCCUCACGAGUUGGAACAGAGCUGUUGUAAAUAAGUUGUGGUAAUUAAUAUGUUCUAAGCUCCAUAUCAAAAGGAAAAAUCAAGAGGAAAACUGAUGCGUCGAGAUAUGCUAAGCGUUUUGGAUGGAAACUUGGAACGCAAAAUUUUGUUAUUUCAUUAUUUUUUUUUCUUCCUUAUUGGUCUCA